CUAAGUAUGUAUUAUUAUUUAAUGUUGAAAAAUGUCUGUAUUGCUGGUGUUAAUCAUAAAUAAAUGGGAGUGAGUUAGCUGAUGCUAGUAUUGUAAGUUCCCUGAGUAUGAAUGAGUUAGCUGAUGCUAGUAUUGUGAAUUCCCUGAGUAUGAAUGAGUUAGCUGAUGCUAGUAUUGUAAGUUCCCUGAGUAUGAGUGAGUUAGCUGAUGCUAGUAUUGUAAGUUCCUGGAGUAUGAAUGAGUUAGCUGAUGCUAGUAUUGUGAGUUCCCUGAGUAUGAAUGAGUUAGCUGAUGCUAGUAUUGUGAGUUCCCUGAGUAUGAGUGAGUUAGCUGAUGCUAGUAUUGUGAGUUCCCUGAGUAUGAAUGAGUUAGCUGAUGCUAGUAUUGUGAGUUCCCUGAGUAUGAGUGAGUUAGCUGAUGCUAGUAUUGUGAGUUCCCUGAGUAUGAGUGAGUUAGCUGAUGCUAGUAUUGUGAGUUCCCUGAGUAUGAGUGAGUUAGCUGAUGCUAGUAUUGUGAGUUCCCUGAGUAUGAGUGAGUUAGCUGAUGCUAGUAUUGUGAGUUCCCUGAGUAUGAGUGAGUUAGCUGAUGCUAGUAUUGUGAGUUCCCUGAGUAUGAGUGAGUUAGCUGAUGCUAGUAUUGUGAGUUCCCUGAGUAUGAGUGAGUUAGCUGAUGCUAGUAUUGUGAGUUCCCUGAGUAUGAGUGAGUUAGCUGAUGCUAGUAUUGUGAGUUCCCUGAGUAUGAGUGAGUUAGCUGAUGCUAGUAUUGUGAGUUCCCUGAGUAUGAGUGAGUUAGCUGAUGCUAGUAUUGUGAGUUCCCUGAGUAUGAGUGAGUUAGCUGAUGCUAGUAUUGUGAGUUCCCUGAGUAUGAAUGAGUUAGCUGAUGCUAGUAUUGUGAGUUCCCUGAGUAUGAGUGAGUUAGCUGAUGCUAGUAUUGUGAGUUCCCUGAGUAUGAGUGAGUUAGCUGAUGCUAGUAUUGUGAGUUCCCUGAGUAUGAGUGAGUUAGCUGAUGCUAGUAUUGUGAGUUCCCUGAGUAUGAGUGAGUUAGCUGAUGCUAGUAUUGUGAGUUCCCUGAGUAUGAGUGAGUUAGCUGAUGCUAGUAUUGUGAGUUCCCUGAGUAUGAGUGAGUUAGCUGAUGCUAGUAUUGUGAGUUCCCUGAGUAUGAAUGAGUUGACUGAUGCUAGUAUUGUGAGUUCCCUGAGUAUGAAUGAGAUAGCUGAUGCUAGUAUUGUGAUUUCCCUGAGUAUGAGUGAGUUAACUGCUUUGUAUUUAUUAGCUAUAAAGUAUAAAUGAGUUACUUGCUUUGUAUCUAUUAGCUAUAAAGUAUAAACGAGUUAAUUGCUUUGUAUUUAUUAGCUAUAAAUUAUGAAUGAGUUACUUGUGUGAGUGAGGUUAUUGAUGUAGUGGUAGCCUUUACCCUAAUUGAGGUGUACAUGUUUGAGUUACUAGUAUGAGUGAGGUUAUUGAUGUAGUGGUAGUCUUUACCCUAAUUGAGGUGUACAUGUAUUCGUUACUAGUGUGAGUGAGGUUAUUGAUGUAGUGGUAGCCUUUACCCUAAUUGAGGUGUACAUGUUUGAGUUACUAGUAUGAGUGAGGUUAUUGAUGUAGUGGUAGUCUUUACCCUAAUUGAGGUGUACAUGUAUGAGUUACUAGUGUGAGUGAGGUUAUUGAUGUAGUGGUAGCCUUUACCCAAAUUGAGGUGUACAUGUUUGAGUUACUAGUGUGAGUGAGGUUAUUGAUGUAGUGGUAGCCUUUACCCAAAUUGAGGUGUACAUGUUUGAGUUACUAGUGUGAGUGAGGUUAUUAAUGUAGUGGUAGCCUUUACCCUAAUUGAGGUGUACAUGUUUGAGUUACUAAUGAGAGUGAGGUUAUUGAUGUAGUGUUAGCCUUUACCCUAAUUGAGGUGUACAUGUAUGAGUUACUAGUGUGAGUGAGGUUAUUGAUGUAGUGUUAGCCUUUACCCUAAUUGAGGGGUACAUGUUUGAGUUACUAAUGAGAGUGAGGUUAUUGAUGUAGUGGUAGCCUUGACCCUAAUUGAGGUGUACAUGUUUGAGUUACUAAUGAGCGUGAGGUUAUUGAUGUAGUGUUGGCCUUUACCCUAAUUGAGGUGUACAUGUAUGAGUUUCUAGUGUGAGUGAGGUUAUUGAUGUAGUGUUAGCCUUUCCCCUAAUUGAGGUGUACAUGUAUGAGUUAUUAGUGUGAGUGAGGUUAUUGAUGUAGUGGUAGCCUUUCCCCUAAUUGAGGUGUACAUGUUUGAGUUACUAGUGUGAGUGAGGUUAUUGAUGAGUGUAUUUAUGUUUAACUAGUAUAAAUGAGUUUACACGCCUUUGUCCACUGUGAGGCUGGUCCACCGUUAGAUCUACUCUACAGUUCCGCUAGGUGCUGGUUCACCUGCUGUUGGUGACAAGCUUGCAGACCUCUUAACAUGGUCUAUAAAACUCUUGUUAAGGUUUUGUUUAUUUGGGGGAAGCCCUCAGUUAAACUGUCAGUUGUAUGUGUCAAAUGUUUGUAUGUGAAUUAAAAUAGCUAUUUGACAUACAUUUGAAUAGUCGCUGCUGUACUUAUUGAGUUAACUGAUGAGGUAUGACUAAGUAGUAUAAAUGAGUUUGAUUGAGUAGUACAAAUGAGUUCAUUGACAUGUAUUUGACAUAAAUUGGUAUCAAUGAUGCAUGGAACAAGAAUAUAUCUCAACAUUCCAAGGGGGAUUAACUCUAAGAUAACACAACAUUUGCGUAUAUAUAUGAAAAUCCAGGAUGGGUACUGUUUUACUGUAUUAUAACUGUGUGUACUGUUUUACUGUAUUAUAACU